AUGCUCAGCUUGGGGCAUGCGAUCAUUGGUCUCACGGUCGCAUUUUUUCUGGUAGCCAGCUACGCUAUCCUGCUGAGUGCAUGGCUACCGCUUUCUGGAAACUUGAUUCUCGAUACCCUAGCACAAGACAAACACUACAAAUAUCUCGUGCUAUUGAUGAUACCCACAACCAGCUACUUUGUUAUUGCGAACUGGGUUGGAUGGCAGUACUACCGCAAUUCAUAG